AUGACACGCGAGACCCUUCGCACCGACAUCCUCAUUUCCAUCUACCCCAACCACGUAGCCAACAUGCUCACUCGCCAAAAGACGCACGAGUUCAGGAAAUACCUCAUCCCGCCAACCGUCUCCAGGAUCUGGAUCUACGAGACCGCUCCCGUCUCCGCAAUCCGAUAUUGCGCUGUCAUCGAACCGGGGAUCCAGCCUGGCGAACUACCCGCCGAUGACCUCGAGGGCCUCAACAACCGGAUCUUCAACGAUGGGGAAACUUUGAAGCCCGGGGGCUCUGGAUCUCGGUAUGCGUAUAGGAUUGCGGAGCUUUACCGUCUGGGAUCUGAGGUUAGCUUGGAGGAGUUGCGGGAGAGGGGGUGGGUGAAGGGUGCGCCGCAGAAAUAUAAUUUUGCACUGGGGGAGAUGGUGUUGGAGCUUUCGCCGGGGUUGAUAAGAGAGUUUUGA